AUGAAUUCGACACAAUCGUUCAAAUCCAAUCCUUUGAACAAGAUCAUCAGUCUCUCCAUACUCCUAUCUAUGGGGUUUCUUCUUGUGAUUUUGGCAGGAAUCUAUGGCAAUUGGUUUCCCAUCAUCAUUGGCAUCAUUUUUGGGAUCGCCCAUUUGCCUGUAGCCAUAACGAGGGCUGUGGCCUCAUCGUCGGACUACGACUUCAACUUUGAUCCCAGCUCAUCUUCUGCUGGAAAUGUAGUCAAGGAGUUCGGUGAGUUUUUGUCGGCCUUUUUGGUAAUGACCGGGUUGUACUUGCCGGUUUUGUUGGAGCACUCGCAUAUUCUCACCAAGACUGCUAUGGUUCUUACGAUUGUAGGAGGCUGCUUGAUCUACGGGACGGUCUACACCUUUAGUCUGUUCUUUGAUGAGCCUGAGGAGGAAGACGUAGUGGCCGACCUCGGUGGAGGGGUCAUCUGA